AGAUAGACAUUUUAAAGUGUAUGUGCUCAAGUGUUACCGGGUCGUUUAAAGCGUCUGUGCUCAAGUGUUACCGGGUGGCUUAAAGCGUCUGUGCUCAAGUGUUACCGGGUGGCAUGAGUUUUCCUUUUCCGGGUCUGGUGUAGCAGCAUGGAUAGUCAAGAGAGUUGGCCAGAAAUUGAGAAAGCCUCAAAAGAGAAAAGACGCGAAUUGGUCCUGCAAGGUGCAGUUAUCGAUGAAAAGAUAUCCUCGAAUGGAGGUCUGUGUUCCGCAAUCUAUUCUCUCAAGCUCCUAAAUUACCUAGAAAUCAUCCAAUGUCCGAGUUUGACAGAGAUUCACGGAGACAUACAGAAUCUGACCACCCUUACGAGCUUGAUUCUUUGUAGGAAUAAGCUCUCCUCUAUUCCAAAAACCAUUGGAAAUCUGAAGUCCCUGAAAGUCCUCGACAUUUCAGUUAACAACCUGAAAGCUUUGCCUGAAGAGAUAACCCAGCUAAGCGAUCUCAAUACACUCAACGUGAGCUGCAACAACAUCGAGUCACUACCAGAUGGACUGUGUCGUUGCACGAAACUCUCUACCAUCAACAUCUCCAAAAAUGACAUCACUCGGUUCCCUGAUGACCUUUAUCGCCUGGAUCUCCUCAGCACUGUCAUCGCCUCUGAGAAUUCCAUAGAAGAGCUGAGUGGAGAUGUUCACAAGCUAUCUGCUCUAAAAGUUUUGGACCUAUCCAACAACAAGCUCAGUGACAUCCCCUACGAGCUGAGUGACUGCUCCAAACUGAAGGAGAUCAACUUCAAAGGAAACAAACUCAAAGACAAGCGACUGGAGAAGAUGGUCAACGGUUGCCAGACCAAGUCCAUCCUGGACUACCUUCGGGCUGGUGGCCGAGGGAAAGGCAAAGGCAGCAAGCAGGCCGAUGGGGAUAAGGCCGACGGGGGCCGGAACGCAGAGAAGACCCAGACCAAAAAGCAGCGCAAGCAGAAAAAGAAGAAGACCGAGGAGGAGGAGGAUGAGGUGGAUGAGAUGAACCGGCUGGUGGUGAAAGUGCUUCAUGUGUCUGACAACCCAGGGGCAUUCACUGUAAAGGUGGCCAAUGAACUGAAGGACGUGAGGCCGUACUUGGUGUGCUGUGUGGUCAGAGGCAUGAACUUCAGGUCCGGGAAUGCGCUCAAGAGGUUCCUGGUUGCGCAGACCAAACUUCACGAUGACCUAUGUGGUAAAAGGACAACUGCGACCAUCGCAACACACGACAUGCAGCUACUCAAGGGACCUCUCAUGUAUGAUGCCAGAACACCUCCUAUGUUAAAGAUAGUCCCUCUGGGCCGUAAGGAGAUGACUGCGGUGGAGCUGAUGAGGCAGCUGCAGCUAGAGGCAGAGGACCAGAGGAAACAGAGGAAGAGGCAGAAUGUGUCUGGCCUCCACAAAUACCUGCAGCUUCUUGAUGGAAAAGAACUCUACCCAUGUCUGGUGGAUGCAGAGGAUCAUGUGAUCUCAUUUCCACCAAUCACCAACAGCGAGAAAACCAAGAUCAGGAAGACGACUAAGGAGCUUUUCUUAGAAGUGACCAGUUCUACCAGCCUGCAGAUCUGUAAAGAUGUGAUGGAUGCUCUCAUAGUGAAAAUGGCGGAGCUGAACAAGUUCACAUUUGAGCACAGAGAGGAGGCUGGGUCAGAGGGAGAGUCUGAUUCACCCCCAGUCCCUGCCUCGGAUGAUACCACCUCAGGAGAGCUGGUCAUCCAGCAGGUUCGCACCGUGGACCCCGACGGGAACCUCAAGGUCGUCUACCCGUCCAAAACGGACCUCUGCACCGAUGUCGGCGACCUGAACGUCAUUUGGUAGUUGCGCAACAUCCAGCCUUUUGAUUUAUACACUUACGGUCUCACACAGUUAAUCACAAUACUGUAUCUGAGUUGCCACUGUUCAAUGUAUUUGGUUUGCCGGGUUCCCUUGGUAUGCAAAGCCGAUUACUUCCACUAAUUUCUCAAACAUGGAAAUAGUGUAAUUAUGCCCUUGCUUAAAGUUCUUGAUUACUAUUUGGCACGUACAAACAGCUUCUGCUGUAUUAAGGUAUAGAAUAAUUCAACUACCUACCUACCCAACCUCAAAUAUUGCAGUUUUUGUAUACUUAUUUUUUAUAUUGCUACACACUAAAGGCAACUCACAAUAACUGUAAAGUCUGUAGCAAGCCUGUGUGGUCUGUAGAGUGUAGACAUAGUUAAUGACAACAUUUUAGCAUUUGUGAACUGAAACAAGUAUAAAACCUUUUUCCAUUACCCACUUUAAUAAAUGAAGAGCAGGGAAUGUGUAUAAUGUCUCAUUUUUAAAAGAUCUCUCAAAUAAAUUGAACCUUGAGGG